UUUAGCCACUGGUUGGUAUUAAAAAGUUGACUCGCAACUCGCAAGUCUUGGACCUUUACAAUGACUCUCCAUUUGACUGGUAGUGUUUUAAUAACAAGAGUCCCACCAUCAGCAAAACAUCCACUAAUUGUGAAGCUCUGAUACAAGUUCCUGAGUUGGAGAGACUUGGAUAUUAAGAAUGUGAAUUUACUUAAUUAGCCAUGCUUAGACAAAUUAUAACUGGGAUGUUGAUCACUAUGGAUAGGAGGGAGCUGAUACAGGUAUUUCCAACAGUAAUGAGAAUAUGGUGGAAGAAUUGCCAAUUGACUUUACUCAUUCUGUUGAGCCUUUCCUUGCAAAUUGCUUUAUUAUUUUUGGGUAAGCUCAGAAAAUACAAUGGAAAACCUUUUCUGAGAUUUGCAGUUUGGUCUGUAUACCUGUUGGCAGACUGGGUUCCAACAGUUGCCCUUGGGGUCAUCUCCAAUAGAGUCCAGGAUCAUCCCGAAAACAUUGCUCCUUUAGAAGAAGAUCUUAUGUCAUUUUGGGCACCCUUUUUGCUGCUACAUCUUGGUGGCCCUGAUACAAUCACUGCAUACUCCUUUGAGGACAACCAGCUUUGGCAGCGACGAUUGCUUGAGCUGGUCGUCCAGUUGGCUGUGACUAUUUACAUUGUUCUUAUGGCCUUGCCAGGUACUUCUUAUAUUUCUGUUCUUUCAUUCCCAAUGCUCAUAGCUGGUCUAAUAAAGUUUUUGGAGAGAAUUUAUUCUCUUAGAUCAGCUAGCACUGAGCAGUUCCGUCUUUCACUGAUAAAAGAAGCUGAUCCGGGACCCAAUUAUUCUAAGUUCAUGGAGGAAUUCACCAUGAAAAAGGCAGAGGGGUUCUAUGUAAAAGCUGAGGAGUUGAUUGAGGCCCCUCCUCCUACCUGUGGGACCAUGCCAGUUGAGAAGAGAGAGUUAGUUCUUAAAGCAUAUGACUUGUUCCAAACCUUUAAAUGUCUUUUUGUAGACCUCAUCCUUAGCUUCCAGGAUCGAGAUGAAAGCCAAUGUUUGUUUCAUAAAUUAGAAAUGGAACAAGCUUUUGAGGUGAUUGAGAUUGAGCUUGGAUUUGCAUAUGAUAUGUUCUACACCAAGACACCUGCAGUUUAUAAUCUAAAAGGGCAUAUUCUCCGUUUCAUUACGUUUUCCUUAACAUUACUAUCCUUAGUAGUGUUCAUACUCAAAAGCAGAAAAGAUCAUUACCAGAAAGUUGACCUCUGUAUAACAUAUCUAUUACUCGUGGUAGCAAUAAUUCUGGAGGGUUGUUCUUUCCUCAUUCUUGUUUUCUCAGAUUGGUCAGAUUACUGGCUGAAGAAGCACUACAAAAACAACAUUGUUUUGGACUUGAUGGCUCCAAGGAGACGUCGGACUAAUUUGAUUUCCCAAUAUAGCAUUCGGAAAUUUUGUCGAAAGGAAAAGUCGGUCGUUUUUCCUCGAUUUUUAAAGCUCUUAAUGCCUGAAAACAAGGUGGAUGAAAUUUGGCACCUUGACAAUACCAGUUUGUCUGCGAAAUUAAAGGAAAUGAUCUUCAAUCAUUUUUUGGAUAUCUCAAAACUUGGUAAUAAGAGCGAUCUUACUAUUUUAUGCUCGUCAAGAGGCAAAAAAUGGUUGAUAAACAACAGUUGUAGUGACUUGAUUUGGUCAAUUAGUGAAGUGGAAUUUGAUCAAAGCAUCCUUCUCUGGCACAUUGCAACUGAUCUGUGUUACUUAACAGAAGACGCUGAAAAUUAUUCAUUAGAUCAUCGUACUGAAAGUAGACAUAUGUCUGAGUACAUGUUGUAUCUUUUGGUAAUGUGUCCUUCCAUGUUGCCUAUGGGAAUUGGCAUGAUAAGGUUCAGGGAUACCUGUGCAGAGGUUUGGGAAUUCUUCAAGGAAAGGAGCCUUGAUGAAGUUGAGGCCAGUAAGAUGCUUCUUCGGGUUAACACUGAAAUCCAACCAGGUAAAGUUAAAGGGGAUAGAAGCAAAUCCGUGCUAUUUGAUGCCUGUAGGAUCGCGACUGAACUGCGUUCCAAAUAUUCGAAGCAGAAAUGGUCGAUUAUUAGCGGGGUUUGGGUUGAGAUAUUGGCUUAUGCAGCAUGCCAUUGUCGCGGAACUGAGCAUGCUACACAACUUAGGAAAGGGGGAGAGUUUCUUACUCAUGUAUGGUUUUUGAUGGCUCACUUAGGCAUCACUGAACAAUUUCAGAUAUCUCAGGGUCAUGCUAGAGCUAAGUUGAGUGCUAAGUAGAACCUUAUGCUGUUAAUUAGCUUAUUUUAUACUCUAAUGAUCAUUGGAAUUGAUGUUUUUAAUCCAAGAUUAGCAUUAAAAAAUGGUCCAAACAAAGUCUAAUCUUCAUUAGGUGAUGAUCACUCACACUUUUUUGUUUGGGUUCAUGUAGCUAACCACAUAUUUUUGAGAUUUUAAUUGCUUAGCAUUGUUGAACAAUUGUAUGUAAGGUCCUCUGAACUUUGAAUGUACUUUAAUAUCUCAUGUAUAUAAAUUUCUGUACUGAGUUGAAAUAAUUACAUUCAAGAACUAUCCAUAGUUAACUAGUA